GCGGUGAACAGAGGCUAUGCCACCAGCUUGCUCAGGCUGCAUCAGGACUGGCACAGCCAUGACACAGCCAAAACCUAUGUGCUGAUCCGCCAGGGCUUCCUGGUCUGCCUCAAGCACAUUGCUGCCAUCCGGUCUGGCAGGGAGGCCUUCCUGGCAGCCCAAGGCAUGGAGAUACUCUUCAGCACCAUGCAGAGCUGCCUGGAUGACAAGAGCAUGGAGCCUGUUAUCUCUGUGGGGUUUCAGAUCCUGAGGCAGUGCUACCCUAAGAGUCCACUUCCCUUGGUCACAGCCAGCAGUGCUUCUACCUUCCUGGUCCCUGGGAACAUCAAUUCUCAACCUCCAUGUGGACUAACUGGAGAAGAUUUUGAAGAUGAUGGCGAUGAAGAAGUGGACAGAGACUCAGAUUCUGAAGAUGUGAAAGAGGAAGAUGAUGACUUAGAAACAGACAUGGACAAGCUGAAUUCCAAGCCUGGCCUUGAUCGACCUGAAGAGGAACUGGUGCAAUAUGAGGCGAUGUGUCUUGAACUUUCUUGUAGCUUUGAGGAACUAGAAUCCAAAUUUGGAGAUAAUCUGAAUUUUGAAGAGACUCAGUAUGUCAAUCGCUACCACAUUCCAACUGCUGCCAUCCCAAAGAAGCAUCCCUUGAAUAAGGACCAAAAUUCCUGGGGGCAAGAAAAAGAAGACACCGUCCAGACUUCCCUUCUGAGCAUGGUGAAGAUGGGGAGGUCCACAGUGCAUUUAGCCUCCAAAAAAAGGCCUGCAGUGAAUCCAUAUCAAAAUGUACAAUCGAAUGGUCUUGGGAAAGAUUCUUCUGGAAAUGAAAUCCCUGACCUUCAGGCUUUCCUAAAAAAGGAUGCUUGUGACAUAGAUGCGAUUUUCUGCAUAAGGAUGAGUACCUCCAGUUCCAAUUCUACUAGACCUAAAGAAACUGUUGAGGUAAUAGAGAAGCUUCUGCAGACACAUCUCAAGCAUAUCCCUUUCCAUGAUCCCUAUAUUUAUAUGGCCAACGCCAGAAGAACCAAAUCUGUAGUAGACUUCAAGAUGAUGGCAUUUCCUGACCUCUGGGGACACUGUUCUCCUCUCUCUGAUCAGCCCAUGUUGGAACGCAAAUAUGGAGUCCAAAGGAUCAAGAUAUUAGAGGAUAUCCGGAGGCUUAUCCAGCCAAGGGAUGUUAUAAAUAAAGUUGUCUUCAGUUUAGAUGAGCCUUGGCCUUUGCAAGAUACUGCUUCCAAUUGCUUACAGUUUUUCUCCAAGUUUGAGUCAGGAAAUCUUCGGAAAGUCAUUCAAGUGCGUGAGUUUGAAUACGACUUGUUAGUCAAUGCGGAUGUGAACAGCACCCAGCACCAGCAGUGGUUCUUCUUCAAGGUGAGCGGUAUGCAGGCAACCAUCCCUUACCGCUUCAACAUCAUCAACUGUGAGAAACCCAACAGCCAGUUUAACUAUGGAAUGCAGCCAACCCUGUAUUCCGUGAAGGAGGCUCUUCUUGGCAGACCUACCUGGAUACGGACAGGCUACGAAAUCUGUUACUACAAAAAUCAUUAUCGCCAGAGUGCAGCUGCAACAGGCGGAGCAUCUGGAAAGUGUUAUUAUACUCUCACCUUUGCUGUCACUUUCCCGCACAAUGAGGAUGUCUGCUACCUGGCCUACCACUAUCCCUAUACCUACACAGCCCUCAUGACUCAUCUUGACAUCUUGGAAAAAAGUGUCAAUCCCAGACAGGUCUACUUCCGGCGGGAGGUUCUCUGCCAGACGCUGGGAGGGAAUCCAUGUCCUUUGGUGACCAUCACAGCCAUGCCCGAGUCCAGCAGCGUUGACCAUCUAGAGCAGUUCCGUGAGUAA